AUGUCCACCGAUGAGCUUGUCAAGCUCUUCCCUGCUCGUGCUCGUAGAAGGUUCCAAAGGGGUCUCAAGAGAGAGUCGAUGGCUUUAAUUAGGAAACUCCAGAAGGCGAAAAGGGAGGCCCCAGCAGGUGAGAAACCAGAACAAGUGAGAACCCAUCUACGGAACAUGAUAAUUGUACCCGAAAUGAUUGGAAGCAUAGUUGGUGUGUACAAUGAAAAGACAUUUAACAAGGUUGAAAUCAAGCCUGAAAUGAUUAGCCAUUACCUUACGGAGUUUUCCAUUUCGUACAAGCCAGUUAAGCAACACCUUUAUCAUGUUAGCUGA